AUGGAGGUUUCAAACACUAUAAACUGUAGUCAUUACAAUAAUAAACAGCAGAUUCUUCUGGUCGGGGAAGGAGACUUCUCCUUUUCUUUAUGUCUUGCCAAAGCCUUUGGUUCGGCUACUAACAUCACCGCAACUUCUCUUGACACUCGAGCGGAUAUGUACAAGGAUUCCAAGGAUAACGUAGAAGAGUUGGAGAGACGCGGGUGCACCGUGGUCCACGGUGUUAACGUGCACUCCAUGAACACAGACUGCCGCAUAGUCCGAUCGGUUCUAUACGAUAGAAUCAUCUUCAAUUUUCCUCAUGCAGGGAAACACCAAGAAGUGGUGAGAGGGUUUAUGAGGAGUGCUAGAGAGAUGAUUAAAUCAGACGAGGCUGGCGAAAUUCAUGUAACUCAUAAAACGGCACAUCCAUUUUCCAAUUGGAAUAUCAGGACACUAGUAGGGGAUUUGUAUUGUUACAAGGAAGUGGAGUUUUACACGUGGCAAUAUCCGGGAUACUCCAACAAGAGGGGAAGUGGAAGUGAUUGUGACUCUAGCUUCCCUGUUGGAAAAUCUUCUACUUUCAUGUUUAGGAAACACUGGUACUUGUGUUUACCUUGGUAUUAA